AUGUUAAGUCUUCCAGGCCUCUUUAAAAAGAACUAUACAUGUUGGAUAUGCCUAGAAAGUUCUAAGUCUGAUUCUUCAUGGUUUAACCAUACUUGCGGAUGCAAGAUUCAAUUGCAUAAAAAGUGCUAUAUUAGAUGGCUAUAUAGCCUUAAUAAAAAGUUAGUUACACAACCAAUAUGCACACUAGAAAUGGAUGAUUUGAUUAUCUUAGAGUUGAAAAAAAAAUGUACAUACCUAAUUGAUGAUAAUAAUGAAUUAAAUACUGAUAUAUCUAUUGGUGAAGUAUUACUGGCUACUCCAAUACUGGGAGAUUAUAUGAUAUCACUAACGACUAUGCCCCUAUCGGUAGGUGCUACACUAGUAGGCUUUAGAAAAGUCAUUCCUUUUACAACUAGUGAAUUAAUGUAUCCUCCAAUUAGGCAUGGAGAUUGCCCUCAGUGCAAAAAACCUGUUAUUUCUAGACGCAUUACAUACUCAAGAGGCUCUAUAUUAUUAAAAACUAUAUCGAUAUUGAGAAAAUUUUCUCGUAUUGUUGCUACAGGGGCUCUAAUGGAAUUUUUCUUAUUAAAUGGUAGUAGAUGGUGGUUUAAAAUAGGGCUUGGACAAUUAAGGCUACUAUUCCCAGAAAAAGUUUUGAAGCACCUUCUAAGUAUAAGUACUACAAAGGCAUUAGAUGUAUACAGUGACUCCUUGAGUGGACUAGCUGGCUUAUCAGAAACUACCAAUUUUAUUAUACUAGGUCUCCCACUUUAUUUAACCAGCCUUUGCGGGCUAAGAUCUCCACUAAGCAUUGUUGAAUGGAUUUGGCCCGUUAUAGUUUCAUUCAAAGCAAGAAGUUAUAGUAAUGAACCGAGGAAUAUAAUCUAUAGAACAAUUUUAGGCACUAAGUUGAUGGUCAUGUCGUACAGACUAUUUAUUCACCCAGCUUUGAAUAGUAUAUAUAAAAAAUUUGUCAAGAUGGAUAAAUUAUAUUAUGCGGACUUUGAACAGGAUGAACCUAAAGAUAUGACUAAUGUAAUUAUUAAAACAUCGUGGUAUGAUUCACUCACUCAGGCAUUCAUUUGGCCAUGGAUUGGCUCAUAUCUGGGUGAUAAGCUAUUUGAUUCACUUAUAUACACUCAACGAAAGUUCAAUUUCUCUUUUCCAUUUUCCUCAACACCAGCUGAAACACAGAUGGUUUUUAGAUUCCUAGGAUGUGGAGUAGCAGUGUUGGGUAAAGACUUAAUAAAACUAUAUGCUUCAUAUGUUAGAAUGAAAGAAUUAGAGGAUUUAACUAAUGUUAUUGAGAACACAUGUAAGCUAUAG